AUGUACACCAACCUCACUCGCAUCCUGGCUCUGACCGGCCUUUGGCUGGCUGGAGCCGCAGCCCGCCGCCGUCUUUCCGGCAGACUCGACCUGGAUGCCUUCAUCGCCAAACAGAACGAUAUUUCUCUCCAGGGAGUUCUGGCCAACAUUGGCCCUGGUGGAUCAAACGCCCACGCCGCCGCUGCUGGUGCCGUCGUGGCCAGUCCGAGCAAGUCGGAUCCAGACUACUGGUACACGUGGAGCCGCGACUCUGCUCUGACUUUCAAGGUUCUCGUCGAGCUCUUCAUCGCCGGAAACAAGUCGUUACAGCCCAAAAUUGAGGAAUACAUCACCGCUCAGGCUCAAUUACAGGGCUUGACGAAUCCCUCUGGUGGACCAGACACGGGCGGCUUGGGAGAGCCCAAGUUCCAUGUUAAUCUCACAGCCUUCACGGGCGCCUGGGGUAGGCCGCAGCGGGAUGGUCCUCCCUUGCGAGCAACUACCUCCAUCCUUUAUGCUAACUGGCUUUUGUCCAACGGCGGCGAAUCUGAGGCGGCAAACACUGUUUGGCCCGUCAUUGUCAAAGACCUGUCAUAUACCGUCCAAUAUUGGAACCGGACCGGCUUUGACUUGUGGGAGGAAGUCAACGGGUCGUCCUUCUUCACUCUUUCUGCCUCGCACCGUGCCCUGGUCGAAGGCGCCGCUCUCGCCAAGGCACUCGGCAAGCGGUGCCCAGAUUGCGAAGCCAGCGCCCCCAGAAUACUCUGCUUUCUGCAAAGCUUCUGGGCCAAUGGCUACAUCGACUCCAACAUCAACGUAAACGAUGGUCGCACCGGCAAGGACGUCAACUCCAUCCUCUCAUCCAUUCACACUUUCGAUCCUGCCGCCGCCUGCACAGAUUCCACGUUUCAGCCAUGUUCACCUAGAGCAUUGGCAAAUCACAAGGCCGUUGUCGAUUCCUUCCGUACCAUUUAUACCGUCAACCAGGGCAGGACAGCUGGCAGGGCCGCCGCCGUCGGCCGCUACUCGGAAGACGUAUACUACAACGGCAACCCUUGGUACUUGGCUACAAUGGCAGCGGCCGAGCAGAUGUACGCUGCCGCCUAUCAGUGGAAGAAAAAUGGUUACAUCACCGUGGAUACUACAUCACUCCCCUUCUUCAGGGAUCUCGUGGCAGAUGUUUCUGCAGGGACGUAUGCCAAGGACACCGACACCUUCACUUCCAUCAUUCGGGCAGUGACCGCCUAUGGAGACGACUUUGUUGACGUUGUGAAGCAAUACACCCCCACGGAUGGCUCCCUGGCUGAGCAGUAUGACCGAGAAACAGGAACCCCCAAGUCUGCUGCUCACCUGACCUGGUCCUACGCAUCAUUUGUAGGAGCUGCCGAGCGCAGGUCGGGCGUUGUCCCGCCCUCAUGGGGCGAGCCCAAUUCCAAUACUGUCCCCAGAGUUUGCGAGGCUUCUCCUCGCUGUGAUUCCAGCACCAUCUUCAACGUCAAGGUUACCACAGUCCCCGGAGAAAGCAUACUUGUUGUUGGUUCCCUUGCAGAGGUGGGAAACUGGUCACCUGCCGAUGCGAUUCCCUUGGAUGCUUCGCAAUACACUCCCAGCAACCCUCUUUGGAGCGCCAAGGUGACGAUUCCUGCUGCCACCAACUUUGAGUACAAGUAUAUCAAGAAGACGAAUGACGGGAGGGUUGUGUGGGAGAGCGACCCCAAUCGCAGUGCGGCAUCGUCUACCGGAUGCAAUAGCACCAAGACACUAAAUGAUCAGUGGAGAUGA